UUCCUCUCUCUCUCUCUUCCUCUCUCUCUCUGUCUCUCUCUACAGUCAUGUCACCAACCCAUGCCUCGACUUCCUCUUCUGGGGUUGCUGAGCACAAUACGGGAGCGCAGGAUGUGCUGAUCUGGCCCACUCCUCCAGCAGCAGCAGCCGUGGCAACAACAGUAGUCACACUCACAGCAGCGCUGAAAGUGGUAGUAGAAGUAGUAGCAGUGAUAGCAGUACUAAUAGUAGUAGUGGUAAUAGUAGUGAUACUAGUGGUGGUGGUAGUGGUUGUACGAGCAGUGAUACGAGCAGUGAUAGCAGUAGUAGUAGUGUUAGUAGUAGUUAGUAGUAGUGAUAGUGGUAGUAAGGGGUGGUAGUGGUAGUGGUGGAAGAGGACUAGCUGCUGGUCUCGGAGCAGACAGGAUGAGCGCCGGGGACGUGGUUUGCACCGGCUGGCUGAUCAAGUCGCCCCCCGAGAAGAAACUCAAGAGAUUUACCUGGAGGAAGCGGUGGUUCGUGCUGCGCCGCGGCCGUAUGAGCGGGAACCCCGACGUCCUGGAGUACUACCAGAGCAAGACGUCCCGGAAGCCGCUCCGCACCAUCGACCUGCGGGAGUGCGAGGUGCACCCGCAGACCGGCGGGCUCACGCUCAAGAGGUCGCUGCACCAGAAGUUCCCCUUCAUCGUCAAGACGUCCACGCGCGUCUUCUACCUGGUGGCCAAGACGGAGCAGGAGAUGAACGUCUGGACCGACCGCAUCGGGCAGAUCUGCCAGUGUGGAGCGCUGAAGGACGCGGCAGAGAGCUCAGACGAAGGCUUCCCCCACACCCCCACGCUCCCCUCCGACCCACUGGCCCCCCAGGGUCCCCACGGCCCCCAGGACCCCCUGUCUCACCUCCCGGACCCCCUGUCUCACCUCCCGCACCCGGGCCAGCCCCUGGACUACCUCCUGCUGUCUCAGUGUGAGACGGGCCGGGCCAGCGUCUGCAUCAGCAGGUGUGAGAGCUUCACGUCUGACAGCUCUCUGGAGCUACCGCGGUCUUCGGACCCUGAGGACCACCUCUCCAACAGCUUCUCUACGCCGCCCUCCAACUUCCCGCCGCUCGGCCACGCCUUCAGACCCCCGCUCAGCGCGCCCUGCUCCGCGACCCUCGACCCCGCCAGCCGCCUGCUCUCCUCCGGGUCCUCCGGCUCAUCCGGUUCCUCCGCCCUCCUGCAGCGAGACUCCUCCCCCAGCGUCUUCCCGUUCGACGGGCCCUUCCCCCUGCCCUCCUCCUCCUCCUUCUCGCUGUGCACCAAUCAGCAUCCAGUCCCGCGCCUGCCCCCCAAGCCUGGCCACCAACCACACGCCAGCGGCCCGUGGCAGGCCAAUGAGCUGUCGCACUCUCGACCAAUCCCGAGGAGGAUCUCGUUCUCGGGGAUGGACCACGCGUUGACAGGACACGCAGAAUUUUCCCUGAGGAACAAGAGACUGAGUCUCAAUCUGCCCUCGCAGCUCUCCAGCCCUGCGCCGGCUCUCCAGGCUGACGCCGAGGCUUACCUGCCCAUGUCGGCCUGCCUGACCCGCUGCUCCCUGGACGCCUCUGACGGCUACCUCCCCAUGAGGCCCCUGGGGGGGCCCGGUUCUGGGCUGGAGGCCCCCCCCAGGGGCCACAGCCCCCUGAGGGGGCCGCAGGACGACCUCCUGCCCCCGCCCAUCAACCGGCACCUCAAACCGCGGCAGAGAGCGAGACCCCCGCCCCUCGACCUGCGGGGCCUCUCCACCAUCAGGGAGUUCCCCACGCGACCCCUCGCGGGCCCGCCGAUGACAUCAUCAGGAGACAUGGUGGAUGGUUUUCCGAGUGGACCAACGUAUGAGAACGAAGACGACCUGGACGCAGACGACUGCUACACUCCAAUGUUCCAGUAUACCUCUGACGGAGCGAGCGGCUCGUGGCCCAGGAGAUCCAACCUGGACUACCUCUCCCUGGACUUCAACUCGGCCUCCCCUUCUCCCGUACAGAAGAAGGCGCUAUUGGUCGACGAGCACAAGGUGGACUACGUCCAGGUGGACGAGAAGAAAACCCAGGCCCUUCAAAGCACCAGGCUCGAGUGGACCGACGUCCGCCAGUCGAAGCCCUGAGGGCGUUGAGGAGGAGCCGCUCCCCGGCCUGGGGAGAGAGGACCAGUAGCACUCUGUUACAGUGGAUGAAGGAAGACGUCGACAACUCUAGUUGAAACUUUUCCGUCAAAUGCAUUUCAACAGAUGAAACAAGACACUGUUCGGAGUUGUUACAUACAAUGGCUGUAUGGAUAUUCAAGAAAAAUGAAUACUUUUUAUGUUUAUAUGUAAAUAUUGAUCCAAAAUGAGUUGUUACCGUGUUUAUAGUAUUUGGACUUGAAGUAGAUAUUUUUAAAACUGUUUUACCAAAAUCCUUUAAUGUUCUAAUGUAUGCUGUAAUGUGUGAUGUUUUCUUCAUUUUGUGUAUAUUUUUGAUAUUCUCAGGUACAUGAGAUAAACUCAUGGAUUAAAUUGGGUUCUUAUUGAACUAACUUUAAA